GAUUAAAUGAGGAUUAGAGGUUAGGGCUCCGCUGAGUGGAGGUGUGGUUUGAAGCCGACACGAGAGGAAUAUAUCGGUUGCUGUUGCUUAUUAAGGAUCAUUAUGCUUUCACGUUACACAAAUAAACUUUUGUGUCGCUUGUGUCCACGUGCAAUCUUGAAUUGCCGUGGCUUUACCUCGGCAACUAUCGAAACAGAUUCAGUAGAAAAAGAUCCAGCACCGUUCUUCUUUAACAAAGAGGUUCAAGAAUAUCUCAAAAUGUUGACAACAGUGGACUACAACAAAGUUUUUCGAAGUCGUAAAGAUGGACAUAAACUCAAACCAUCGCAGUAUAAAUUCAUGACGGAUGAAGAGCUCCAGGAAGCUACAAAAAUGGCACAACGCAGAGCAAAAAGAAAUUUACAGAUGCCACCAGUGGUGAAACAAAGAUCAGAUCCAAUUCGGAUAUUAUGUGAAGAUGCUGGGCUACAGAAUCAUUGUACUGCUAAAUAUGUGUUCACUGAUAUCACAUAUGGUCUUAAAGAUAGAGAAAGAUUUAUAGUGAUUAGAGAACCAAAUGGUACAUUAAGACAUGCUAAUUGGGAAGAACGAGAAAGAAUAUUGCAAACCUUUCUUCCAAAACCUGGAAAGGAACUACGAAAACCAAAGAUGUUUGAAGGCGAAUACUUGAAGGAUUUGCUGAAUCGCAACGAAUUCGAGUUUAUAUUGGACCGUGCGUGCGUACAAUUUGAACCGGAUGAUCCCGAUUAUCAGGCGGUCACCCGGGAAGUCUACGAGCAUAUAAAUGCAGAGAGACGUUUCGACAUGUUGAGGUCUACACGUCACUUUGGACCAAUGGUGUUUCAUUUAGUAUGGACGAACAAUAUUGACAAUCUGUUAUGCGACAUGAUCGAAAAUUGUCAAAUUGAACAUGCCGCGCUAUUGAUACGUCUGUAUCAUAUGAUUCAUCCAACGACUAAAUCAGCAGUCGAACAGUGCAAGCACACGGACGAUGUGGAGUUCAUUAUGCAUUAUGUGCGCCUGGACUCGCCGAGGAAAGAUAAACUCGAGAAGCUCCUGCAGGCGUACAAAGAAUUGCAACGGGAACAGCAAACCGUGGCGGAGGGUAUUAAACAGGCGCAUGGUAUUUCUUCGGAGACAGAAAGUGUAAAUAUAAAUCAAUAAAUAUCUCGUUCUUUCGUCACAAUGUAAUCGAUAAAUAUUUUUCUGUUCAUAAUCUCGAAUAAUAGUGAUAAUAGUUG